AUUGGCUGCAGCCGCGCAGGUUGACACAGUUUCCCUGCCUCACCGAUCCACACAGCUGGAAGCUCGGACCCUGCGGAGCCAGCAGGUGGUACUCUACCGCCGGCUCUCUGACUGCGAGCAGCCGGGCAGCUGGAUGAAGAGCUGGGAACUGGGGAGGAGAGCGGAAAGGUUGCUGCCACCGGCGCAAGACUCGAAAGAGAGGAGGGGGGACAACUGUGGUCGCUUUCUGCUCUUGACAACCCGGACAAAGAUGCUCUCGGAUCGGUCCGCGGUCACUCCAGUCCUCGAGGUCAGCGGCUCUGCCUCAUCCGGGCUGUGACUCUCCGCUCGGUGGACGACUCCGGUGAUCGGGACAGCUCGCAGGCUGCAGCAGGGGCUUGUGUGUGGCGCCCUGCGGUGAAACCGUUCCCCCCCUGGAGAAUAAAGCAGGAAGGAAGAAAGCAUCUGGAGGCUCAGACGGAAAGACAGAGGAGUCGGAGGCAGCGGCGGAUCCAGCGAGGAAAUAUUAUUAGAUAACAGACUUUAGUAGGGUUUACACCGACAUGGGAAAAGAAGUCAGCUUUUAAGAUGUAUCCUCACCACAGAGAAAGGGAGCAGCCGAUCUUCAGCGCCCGGGCCCAUGUUUUCCAGAUUGACCCAACCACCAAGAGGAACUGGAUACCUGCCAGCAAGCAUGCCGUCACGGUGUCCUUCUUCUACGACGCUAACCGCAACGUGUACCGCAUCAUCAGCGUGGGCGGGACCAAGGCAAUUAUCAACUGCACCGUUACACCCAGCAUGACAUUUACUAAGACGUCCCAGAAGUUUGGUCAGUGGGCUGACAGCAGGGCCAACACUGUCUACGGUCUGGGGUUUGCCACAGAGCAGCAACUGCAUCAGUUUUCAGACAAGUUUAAGGAGGUGAAAGAUGCAGCUCGUCUGGCGCGAGAAAAGUCGCAGGACAAAGAACUGGCCAACACUGCGCUCACUAUCGCUGCUCCUCAGUUCUCACAGGACCUCUCGGAUGAACUUCAGUCUCCACCGGUGAUGUGUGUGAAUGGCCCAGAGGACAAGCUCUUCCGUAGCCAGAGCGCCGACAUCACCCUGGCUUCUGAGAAGGAGCGCAUUAAAAAGAUGCUCUCUGAAGGGUCUAUUUGCGAGAUGAACCUGGAGGCUGAGCUCUUCACUCUGCAGGACAGCAACUCCAAGUUGGUGGCUGCUUUGCAUGAGGCUAAUGCUAAUGUGGAGCAGUGGAAGAAGCAGCUGUCAGCAUAUCAGGAGGAGACUGAAAGGCUCAGAGAGCAGGUGGCGGAACUUGAGGCUCAUGGGGGGCAAGGACCCAGUGACCUGCUGAAGGACGAGUUGACCCAGUCCUUGGAGGAACUGGAGGCCCUGCUGAAAGCCAAAGAUGAGGAAAUUCACAUUUUGCAAAGCAAGAAAGCCGAGUACCAUGCGAUGGAACAUGAGCGGGACGAAGCCAUUCACAGAUUACGGGAGAUGGAAAUGCGAAAUUCAGAGUUGGAGCGUCGGAUCCAGAACACGGAGCAGAACCUGAAUAACUCUCUGGAGGAUCGGGAUCGCAUGGAUACUGAGAUCCAGAGGGCCAUAGAAAUUCUGGACAUCAAGAUCUUUGACCUUAACGACCUCCGCCAGAGCCUUGUUAAACUUAUCGACAAAUAGGAAGGAAGCAAAACGCAACCUGUGAGCGCAACGGAACGCAUGGCGAGGCUAAAUUUGCCAUGGCAGCAAGCAGUACGGAAAACAAGAUGGAGCUGGUCCCUGUCCUCUUCAAGCACAAGACCCACCUCAGCUGCACGAUGGUCACUCCAUGUCUGUGUUGCAGAAGCGGCUGUGCUGCAUUCAACAACAUAUCCUGUAGGUUUUGGCCUUAGCAGCUGCAUUCUCAUGGUAGCGCUUGUCCCAUCUAGCAUUCAGUGCUUCAUGUCGCUUUACAAGGGUAACAUUCAAUGCAAUAACCAACUUUAAGGUAAGUGCUUAACAAUGCCAGACAUUAUUAUUAAGAACUGGUGCUUGUCGUUUUUUCAUAAGUAUGACUUUUGUACCCAAAAUGGCGAUGCUUUGUCAAAGUGGAUGAUACGAGGCCUUGUUUUUUCACCUUUACAACUAAAUGCGGUGACGGAAAAGAAGAGAAAUGGGAAAUGCACAAAAUAACGUCUUAGCGUUUUGCCUCUUAUUAAAGCCUGCGUAUAAAAUAAUUCCUGAAUUAGCACUUAAUAAGGUUUGAUCUGUGCCGUGAUAAGCUUGACGUCUUGUAGUUACCCUUCUGUAAUGUAGCAGCUAUAAUGUUGUGGACGAACUUUAGUUGAAUAUUUCCACAGGAAUAAGCAAUGAUACAUAUUUACAGUGAAACAGUAUGCUAAUAGUGUUUAUAAUUAAGAUAAUUCAUGGAUGCACAACUUGAAGAGUAGAUCUGAAUAUUGACACCAAAGAUCACUGAGUGAAUAAUAAGGUCUUUCAGGAGUUUGUUGAAUCUUUAUUUAAGCUUUUAGGAAAACGUUAGUAAGUUACAGUGAAGAUUUAAGUACAUGUUAAUAAAUAUGAUGUAUUAAGCGAUUAAAUCUAGGAUAUGUAAGAGUUUUACAAAUGCUAUGAAUCAGCUCUGCUACAGCUAAGAUCAUAGGAAAUGAAACUGAUGACUUAGUCUUACUGAUACAUUUGAGUGACAUUUGGACUGGCGCAGUCCGAAUGAAUCACUCUGGGGUCAUCUCUUAUCAAACCACUUAAUAACGUGUUUGUUUUUAUUUGUGAUGCAUUCAAGGAAACUUAAGGGACAUGUUUUGCCUUCGGUUAAUUUUCGAGCAUGUCACCUUUGGCUGCGGGUCGUGUUCCACAGGCCUCGAGAGCGCGGCUGUAACAAAGCAAAUUAACUGAAAAACUACAGAAUGUCUACUUUUUAUCUCACAGACUGUAAUAUUGUUUGACAUGCUCUCUAAUGCUGUAUGAUUUUCUUUUCAAGCCUUACUGUUCUUGGAAGGUCAUGUCGGCUCUGGUUCUCAGACUCAGAGCUGUGGUCAUGGUGGUUUGGAAAUAAAGGCAAAGUACAAGGUU